GACAAGUUGCACCACGUAGAAUCACUGCAGGAGAGAAUCACUGCAGACCUCUCACCAUGCCCGUGCAAGUCUGGUGGCGCCACCCGUAUUAAGUGCGUUUGGAUGUGUCCAUGCCCCGGCCGCCCCCAUAUAUCGCGCUCCAACAAAGCCACGGCCGAACAAGCCAAAGGCAAAAGGAUAGAGGAGGAGGAGGAGGAGGAAGCAAAAGGAUAGAAGGCAGAGCCGAAGCCAAAGACGAUGGAGGGCGCGCCAUGCAACGUCGAGCCGCGACGCCGCCUGCGGUGGCGGGGGCUCGGUCGCCGGCGCAGGAAGGUCCUGGUCGUCCGGCUCGGCGGCGGUGGCAGGGGAAUCCUGCGGCGGCUCCGGCUGCGGUGGCUCCGGCGCGCGGCCCGCAGGCUGGCCGCGAUCUACAUGGCGGCGCUGGUGGGCCCGCCUGGCGCGUCGUCGUCGUCGACGUGCCCGCCGUGGAUCGGCCUGGAGCCGUGCUUCGCCACGCCGUUCGUGGCCAGCACCUGGCCGUGCUGGUGAAGCGCCGGCGCCGCCGUGCCAGGCUCUCAGGCGGCGGCGGCGGCGGAGCAGGUGACCAAGGACGUACGACUCUCCUGGAGACAUGAGAACGUGCGGCUUUGGUGCAACAACCAGUCAAGAGCUAGCAGUAGUGAUAUCCAUGGCGUCCGCAUCAGUUGCAUGCAUACAAGAGUACGAGACACCCUUCUUUUAAUUAUCAGUAGUUCUUCUUCUUGUUCCUCCCCCACCCCACCCCCCACCCCCGCUUCUUUUUUUCUUUUGUUUUAGAAGCAAAGAAAAGGUAAUAACAAUCUAAUGUGUUCUUCAUUUCUAAUUCCCCUUUUGACCAUCGGCGAUCUGUGGGUUCACUAGCUCCUUCUCUGUUUCUUGAAUCGAAGUAUUGCCCGUU